AUGAGCACUUUGACUUUCGUGGAACUUAUCACAGAGAAUCGGUUACUCUUGCUUACUGCACUCAUCGUUUCUUGGAUAAGUUUCAAACUUUCACAGUUAUUGUUGAUCUAUUUGAAAUACACUGUUGGAGUAUGGUGCUUAUCUAAACGGAAAACACUUCGUCAGGCUGGUGAAUGGGCAGUUGUCACUGGUGCAUCGUCAGGUAUUGGUGAAGCGUAUGCAGAAGAACUGGCCACAGAAGGUCUCAAUAUCAUGCUUAUCAGUAAUGAUGAGAAACAACUGUCGUCCGUUGCUAAACGAAUCGCAAAUACCUACAAUGUUCAAACACGAAUCGUGGUUGCAGAUUUCACUAAAAAUGAUGUUUAUGAAAUAAUAAGACCUGCUGUUGACCAACUGUCCACAAUUGCUUGUUUAGUUAACAAUGUUGGUAUGGUGUUACCGUUUGAGUUGUUUGCUGGAGAAGUUGAUUCACCGAAUGAAGAAUCAAUCAAAAAUAUCAUUCAUUGUAACAUUUUAUCUACACUGAUAAUGACAAACAUCAUUCUGCCGAAAAUGUUAACACAGAAAGGACCUAAUCCUGGUAUCAUAAACAUUUCAUCUUAUACAGCUUUAAAAGUGACGCCCUACUUGACAAUUUAUCCUUCAACCAAAGCAUUCAUUAUUCAAUUCUCUAGAUGUCUGGCUGCAGAACAGUAUAGAAAGAAUGUGAUUAUACAAACGAUGUAUCCAUUAUUUGUAUCUACAAAUAUGACCGAUUUAAGAGAAGCCACAUAUUUCACACCAUCUGCUAAAGUCUAUGCUAAAAGUGCAUUGGAUAUGUUUGGUGUUGAACAACAAACCACUGGUUAUUUUCCACAUGAGUUAAAAGCAUUUGUAUACAAUUUAUUGCCAACAUCAUUGUGGGUAAAAAUAAUCGAACGUACGUUCACUCCAAUCAGUAGACAAUCGAAGAAGUUUGACUAA